AGAGUCAAAUUUCAGAUAAACAUUUUUUUUAAUAUAAGUAUGACCCAUGCAAUAUCUAGGACACACUUAUCCUCAAAAAGUAUUUGUUUAUCUGAAAUUCACAUAUAAGUAGGCAUUCUGCAUUUUAUCUGGAGACCCUGGUGGGAGGGACAUUCAGCUCCCAAUUCACUCACUCACUCAACUGACUGCUCUUGCUUCCUAACCCCCAAGGACCCUAACGGUCUCCAGCUCUGCUUCCCAAACCUGGUGGGGGCUGACUGGGCUGACAGUGGACUCAGAUACAGAGAAGGCUUGCAGGAGCCUGGAGCUCCCUUCCGACUUCCCAGAACGCUCUGGGUCUCUGAGGCAGGUCUGGGGAUCCAAGGGUCUGGCUAGGUUUGCUAAACUCCCUGUUUCAGUUCCAGGCAACUGUUGAAUGAGCCCUCAGAGCCCAGCUCUUCCCUGGCUGUAACCCUGCCCCCUUUGCCCUCAGGUGGGCUGGCAGUCUCCAGGACCCGGGAAAAAGAGGAACCUACCAAAGCCCUCCAGAAAAGAGGAAGCAACAAUGACUCACAAAGCCAGCCCUCGCCAAGCACAGGCCGCCUCCUCUGGACCCUGGAAGGCCCAGGUCACAAAGGCCAUUAGGGCCAAGCCCUGAAGAGGCAUGUCCCGAGACAGCUCUGCGCGGCUCUCAACCCUGCAGCCGCCCGCGGGGCCGGGCCUGGGCCUAGAGCCGCGACCCCGGCCUGGCGACUGGGCGUUACGGCUCGCGCGGGCCGCCCCGUAGCCUCGACGCCCAUGUGUGUCGUCUGCUUCGUGAAGGCGCUGGUGCACGUGUUCAAGAUCUACCUGACCGCCCACUACACCUACAACUUCCGCAGCUGGCCCGUGGACUUCCGCUGGGAUGACGUGCGCGCCGCCGGCGGGGGAGGCAGCGGUCACCGCGCGCUGACGUGCGCCGCGGCGGCGGCCGGCGUGUGGCUGCUGCGGGGUGCGGCUCUGGGCGGGGACACGCCAGGGCGACCGCUGCGCGGGGCGCGCAGUCAGGCGCAGUGCCUCCUGCAGCAGAUCCGCGAGCUGCCGGGCCAGCUCGCCAGCUACGCGCUGGCCCACUCGCUGGGCCGCUGGCUCGUGUACCCGGGCUCCAUGUUCCUGAUGACUCGCGCGCUGCUGCCGCUGCUGCAGCAGGGCCAAGAGCGCCUCGUGGAGCGCUACAGUGGCCGGCGCGCCAAGCUGGUGGCCUGUGACGGCAAUGAGAUCGACACCAUGUUCAUGGAUCGCCGCCAGCACCCGGGCAGCCAAGGCCGCGGCCUGCGCCUCGUCAUCUGCUGCGAAGGCAAUGCCGGCUUCUACGAGAUGGGCUGCCUGUCCGCGCCCCUGGAAGCUGGCUACUCGGUGCUGGGCUGGAACCACCCGGGCUUCGGGGGCAGCACGGGCGCGCCGUUCCCGCAGCAUGACGCCAACGCGGUGGACGUGGUGGUCAAGUACGCGCUGCACCGCCUUCACUUCCCGCCGGCGCACGUCGUGGUCUAUGGCUGGUCCAUCGGGGGCUUCACGGCCACCUGGGCCACCAUGACAUACCCGGAGCUCGGUGCGCUGGUGCUUGACGCCACCUUCGACGACCUCGUGCCGCUGGCCCUGAAGGUCAUGCCCCACAGCUGGAAGGGCCUCGUGGUGCGCACAGUGCGGGAGCACUUCAACCUCAACGUGGCGGAGCAGCUGUGCCGCUACCCCGGGCCCGUGCUGCUGCUGCGGCGCACGCAGGACGACGUGGUCAGCACCUCGGGCCACCUGCGCCCUCUGCCGUCCGGCGACGUGGAGGGCAACCGCGGCAACGAGCUGCUCCUGCGUCUGCUGCAGCACCGCUACCCGGUCGUGAUGGCGCGGGAGGGCCUCGCGGUCGUGACGCGCUGGCUCCGCGCCGGCAGCCGGGCGCAGGAGGCCGCCUUCUAUGCGCGCUACCGCGUGGACGACGAGUGGUGCCUGGCCCUGCUGCGCUCCUACCACGCGCGCUGCGAGGACGAGCGGGAGGACGAGCAGGCCUGGGGGCCGCACGGGCUCUCUUUCCCCUGGCUGGUGGGCCGGGGCCUGAGCCCGCGGCGGCGCCGGCAGCUCGCGCUGUUCCUGGCUCGCAAACACCUCAGGAAUGUGGAGGCGACUCACUGCAGUCCGCUGGAGCCCGAGGACUUCCAGCUGCCCUGGAGGUUGUAGCCCUCGCCCUGCAGCUGCUGGCAAGCGCCUCCGUGCCUUUGCGCCCCUCCAGGGCCUCGAGUCCUUUCCCUCCCCGCACCCGAAACCAGUAAAGGUGGCCCUGCCUAGGGAUCCCGACCUGG